AUGCAAGGUGGUAUUGCUACUAUUUGCGAGGAACACCAACGUUAUGUUAAGCAGCAUUAUAAGGACCGUUUACAGAAGAAGUUUUCUUGGUUGUUGGAGAAAUACUACCCUCCUACUCCUCCUCCUCCUCCAUCUACUACUCAACCUGCUGACGACAGAGUCACUACUCUCAACAUCGACAGUGUCUCCGAGCAGCAGAAGUCAGUUUUAGCUCUCGGACCUAACUUCGCCGUGUCUCCGCGAAUUGACCAGUCAUUCAAGGAUAAAGUUGCCGUUGAUAUCGCUCAGUGUGUGUUUAAGAUCAGACACAAACACGCUAUCACUCAACGUGCCAACUCAGACACUAGUGCGGAAGCUAGUGCCCCGAUUGAGCCCACCGAGGAGUCGAGUUCCAGCAAAGUGAGGAGAUUGUGUCCCUUUCCCUCACCAUUCACCAGUACACCUGACCCCACUCACCCGGUUUUAGAGGACAAGCUGGCACAGUUUAACCGCUUUGUACAGGACCUCGUGACUAACACCAACCCACAGGAUAACCUCACUCGUUUUCAGAAAGAUGGUUUACGCUCCCUUCUGACAGACAGGACGUUACACGUGUCGGUAUCAGACAAGUGCGGUGAGUUUGUGGUGACAACUAAGGACACACAUCGACAUCUCACAGAGAAUCACCUCCAGGAGACAGCUGUGUACCAGCGUGUGCUUCCCACGAGAAAAAUCAACGGUAAAACUGUCUCAGUAGCGGAACCCACCUCUCAACAGCUCACACAGCUCAUCAAGAAGAAGACGGAGAACCUGGUGAAGGAGUCGAAUAACCUGUGGAAGAAGAUCUCAUCACAGCGGAACCUUGACGACGACUACAAGCGACGGAUCAGAGUUCCUGACCAUGUCAGCCUCCCAGUCAUGUACGUCCAAAUCAAGACCCACAAGAACCCUCCGGAGAGCUUCCGCUCGACGAUCCCUCUUGAGCAGGUUAAGGUUAGACCCAUCAUCAGCUGCGUGGACUCACCUACAGAGAGACUCAGUUGGCUAGUGACGACCAUUCUUAAACCUCUCCUUAAUGAGGUGCCUAGUCACCUGAGUAAUUUAAUCCAGCACAUAGAGAUGCUCCGCCAGAUCUCUCAGGAACAGCUUGCCAGGAGAAAGUUCUUUGCCGCGGAUAUUUCAGCUUUAUACACUAACAUAAACGUACAGGGCUGUAUAGACGAUGUCAUUGAGCUAGCUACAGAGCACCGAGACAGUUUGGACCUGAUGGGACUCAGCCUGACAGACAUUCAUGAGAUCCUACUACACAUCCUUACCAACUCUUUCUUUGUGUAUAACAGGACUCUCUGGCUACAGCAGGAUGAUGAUGCUGCCAGUACUGCAGAGACGAAAGAAGAAGCCCUUGCUCUGGUUCAACAGAUUGCAGACCAAGAUCCGGACAAAAAGUUGAAGUGGGAGGUCGACUUUCCAGAACAACAGGACGAUUUUAUCCCCUUCCUGAACACUGAGGUCCGGAUCGAGCCAAACGGCGUCAGAGUGUUGAGGAUGAUUCCAGGACAGUUCUUAAUUUAG